CCUCGCCCUCUCUCUGUUCACCAAAAAUCCCAGAUUUCGGAUAUGCUCAUUUUCCUCAAUCGUUUCGUUUCCUUUCUCUCUCACUAUUCUUUCUAGACAAUCAAUCAUCUAGGGGUUUUCUCUUCUUUUGUUCAUCCAUCAUCCUGCAUGUUUGCUUUUUUAGAUAAGAAAUUACACUCUGAUAUGUAUUUUAUGAUCCGUUAGAUUUGUGGUAUCACAAUUGCCCCCCUUUUCUCUGUUUAAAGCUUUGUCUUUUGAUUCAUUAUACUCAUCCUACUUAAAUGAUUUUGGGGUUUGACCCUUUUUGAGGAAGCUUUUUGUAUUGGUUGGUUUGUCCGUUAUGGUUUACUUGCUCUUACUGUGUUUAGUGGUCUUUGUUGCAGCAAAGCAGGUAUGGACUCAGCCAAUUAUCAAUGGCACACCUCCUACUCCUAGGGACAGUCACAGCUGUACAACCGUCGGAGACAACUUGUUUGUGUUUGGUGGUACUGAUGGAAUAAAACCUCUCAACGAUUUGCACAUUCUAGAUACUUCUUCACAUACUUGGAGAUGCCCGAGUGUUAGGGGAGAGGGACCUGAGGCAAGAGAAGGUCAUAGCGCUACGUUGGUUGGUAAAAGGCUGUUUGUCUUUGGUGGCUGUGGGAAAUCUUCUGAUAUUAAUGACGAAAUCUAUUAUAAUGACCUUUACGUACUUAAUACAGAGACUUUUGUGUGGAAACGUGCUGUUACAAUGGGGAAUCCUCCAUCUGCGCGGGAUAGCCACUCUUGCUCAUCGUGGAAAAACAAAAUUGUUGUAAUAGGUGGUGAAGAUGGACAUGACUACUAUCUGUCUGAUGUUCAUAUCCUUGAUACAGAUACACUCAUAUGGAAGGAGCUGAAUACUUCAGGGCAGUUGUUGACACCUCGAGCUGGUCAUGUUUCUGUUUCACUUGGGAGGACCUUUUUUGUGUUUGGAGGGUUUACGGAUGCUCAGAAUCUUUACGAUGACCUCUAUGUGCUUGAUGUCGAGACGUGUGUAUGGUCCAAGGUCCUCACCAUGGGAGAAGGUCCAUCUGCUAGGUUCUCUUCUGCAGGGGCUUGUCUAGAUCCUCACAAAGCUGGUUUUCUUGUUAUUGUUGGUGGCUGCAAUAAGAAUCUCGAGGCAUUGGAUGACAUGUUCUACUUACACACAGGUCUUGGCUACGAUGCUAGAUUUGAUCAGAAUGUAGGGAGGUUGUCUUUAAAGAAGCAACUGAAGAUGAAAUGCCAAGAACAAAGUAAUGCAAGUUCCUUAUACGAUCAAUCACUUGUGAGAAUCAAUGUGGAUCAUCAAGGAAGAGGGAAUUUUGGUGUGAACUCGGGCCAAUUUAAUGAAGGAAAGAUGAUGUUUCAAGCCCGGAUAACUGAGAAUUACCAAGUUGGUUACACUAUAGAAACUAUGAUUGAUGGAAAACUGCUUCGUGGUGUUUUGUUUUCAAACAAGCAUAGCUCCGUUCUGGCGACCGAUCAAAGCUUUAGUAGAAAGAGGCCAGCUAUGUCGAACGGCGAUCAGGACAACAGAUCAAAGAUAUCAAGAACUUUGAUCCAGGAUCAAGCUGAUGCUAUGGAAACCAAAGUUUCUCCAUCAAACGGCUUGGAGGCUGGUAUUGAUAACAUCAGCAACCCUCCGGAUGUUACUGUAAACACGUUGGCAGUGGCACCACAUGCAACAGAAAUGGCUAUUGUUUCAUUUGAUGCCAAGAACCAAGUUGCAACUCAACCCGAUAUGGGAACUGUAGAUACAGCUCCAUCAUCAGUUCCUCAGGCAGAUGAAGCAUCUUUAGAAUCUAGAAAUGCGAUAACGAUAGAAGAUAGAGUAAUCAAGACCGGACCUGGAGAGUCAUAGCUACAAAAACAAAGAUGAGAGAUUCCCCGCUAUAGACUGAGGAACAACAGCAUGAACAGCAUCAUUUUAUUGUCCUGUAUAUUAGUCUGGAGAUAGGGUGGGUUUAAUUUAGAAUCUAAGUUAGAUUAUCGUGGUGACUGAAGGAUGCUGAGGAGCUAAUUCUGAGCUAGGUUUCUUUUGUUUUCUUUUUCUUCUUCACUGCAAUUCUCGGCUUUUUUGUUUUGUUUAAUUCAACUUGCUAGCAAUGUUAUGCUUCCUCCCUCACAGUUUUUUUGCACAUUGAACUCGCUUAGAUAAAAUUUUAGAAUCUGGAGUCAUUCUUGUAAACUCAGGUUUUACCCUUGAUCAUUUUGUGGUUUUUAGUCAAACCGAAAUGGUUCAUUUCGUUUAUCCAUUAUUUAUCUCUA